GUGCUGUUGAGGGUCAACAUUGAUGCGCUCACUUCCUGAUGGGGGUCGUGGCGGGUGUCAUAUGACCCGAGGUCAAUCGUCUGCAUGGCCACUCUGUGCCUACAUCUCCCAUCAUGCCUCUGAGGUGUCGGCGGCGAUGACCGCCUCUGUGCCCUGUGCCCCAUCCCAAGGAGCCAACCCACAUCUGGCAGAAACAGCUGCGCCAGCGGAAGCGCAUUGUCCGGAUGCAGCAUAUCAGGGCAGCAGAGGUGGCUGUGUGUGCGCGUCUGUGCGGGAAACGAUAGCCAAGAGAGGGCAACUAUGCUCCCUGACGAGGACCGUGACGAUCUUUGCGCGGCCAUAGCCAUGCUGAUCUUGCUUCUGUCGGAGUAUCAGCGCCUCCGUGCACAGGUGGCUGCCAGGCGGCGGCAGUUGCGGGAACAACUGGGGAGGUGGCUACUCCGCCGCAGCAAGCUGCGGGCCGCCCUCUGCCGAACGAGGCUAGCCAUGCUGGCCGCGUAUGGCGACUACGUCCGCGAGACACGCCGCCGCUUCUGGGUCCGGCCGAGGAGCAAGGACUGGUGGGAGAACUUUGUCCUGAAGGAGUGGGACGAUGAGCAAUGGCUGAGCCAUUUCCGCAUGAGCAGGGGCACCUUUUUUGAAAUCGUGGAGGAGUUGCGGCCGCAUCUGGACAGGAGGUUGACUGUCAUGCGUAGACCUAUCCCAGUGGAGAAACGCCUAGCCAUCACCCUAUGGAGGCUGGCUACCCCUUGCGUCUACAGGACCACAGCAGAGCAGUUCGGGGUAGGCUGCUCUACGGCGGCACAAAUAGUCCUGGAGGUGUGCUUUGCCAUGGAAGUGACCCUCCUAUCUCGUACAGUCAAGAUUGGGAACGUGGCAGAGAUCAUGCAUGGUUUUGGGGAGCUGGGGUUCCCUCAUUGUGUGGGCGCGGUGGAUGGCAGCCAUAUUCCUCUCCAAUCUCCGAUACACCAAGCCUCAGAAUACAUAAACAGGAAGGAUGAGUACUCCAUGAUUCUGCAGGGGACCUGCGACCACAAGGGGCGGUUCAUCAAUGUGGAAAUAGGAUGGAGCGGCAAGAACCAUGAUGCCUAUGUCUUUGCCAACUCAGGCCUCUGUGAGACGAUGGAUGCAGGUGUCUUCGUGCCUACCCAUCCAACAAUCAGAUUGCACGGCCAGCAGAUUCCACCCCUCAUUAUUGCGGAUGGCGCGUACCCUUUGCGUGAGUGGUUGAUGAAACCCUAUGGUGGGGCACUCACUCCACAGCAAGCCCACUUCAACCGCUGUCUUAGGCGAGCACGCCUUGUGGUGGAGCAGGCGUUCGGCCGCCUCAAGGGGAGGUGGCGGAGCAUAGGCGUGCGCCUGGAGCUGGCCGAAGAAAACAUCCCUUCGGUCAUCAGUGCUUGCGUCAUCCUGCACAACAUCUGCGAAACCAAGGGGCACGCCAUGCUCGUGGAGGCGGCGGAGCACAAUUCUGUUGAGCUGGCUACUCUGGGCGAGCCCUACGUCAAUGAGGCCAAUCGGCACACCCGGGAAGGGCACAAGGGCUUCAACGUGCCCGCCUCCGGGCUGUGUGCCAGGAGGAGCCUGUUGCAGCUGAGGAGGAGCAGCACCCAGCAGAGGAGGGCAGUGGGGAGGGAGGCCCCCCUCCUGAGGCGGCCCCCCCAGAGCAACCUCCCUGCAGCCCACCCACCGCACCACCUGGUGAUGGAGCUGCUGUGGCUGUGACGCCAGAUCUCAUGCGGUCCUUCAGCCGCUUAGAGGGGGCGGUGCGCAGAACAAUGCGCUCCUUGGAACGGAGGGUCACCCGCCUGGAGCGGGACGUCCGGGCCAUAAAGACAUCCUGCAGGCAGGAUGCUCACGACCAGCAAGGCCCCUGACUGUGGCGUUUUUAUUUUUUUAUUACUGUGUUUGAAAAUAAUGGUUUUCAUUAAAAUAAAGCUUUCCUUUGUUGUUGUUAUAAAAAAUUAAAAAUUUUCUAAUGUUUAUAAAAAAAAAUAAAUCUAAUAUAUUUUGCUUAAA